AUGGCCAGUGAAAAAAAACCGGCGAAGGCGCCGUCAAAAAGAGAGAAAACUGCCGAGGAAAUACUGACGGAGUUCCAGUCGCUCCGAAAUGAGCAGAGAAUGCUGGCAAAUAAACUGUCCGAGAUGGAGAUGGAAUUGAACGAGCACAAAAUUGUUAUCGACACGUUAAAGAAUGUGGAUCCCAAGAGGAAGUGCUUCAGGAUGAUCGGCGGGCUUCUAUGCGAGCGUACGGUAGAAGAGGUGAUGCCUGCUCUGGUAACGAACAAAGAACAGUUGAUGAAAGUGAUAGACGCUUUAAACGACCAGGUGACAAAAAAAGGAAUCGAGAUAAACGAGUACAAGGAAAAACACAACAUCAGAAUCAGAGGGCAGGAUGAUUUGCAGCAACAAGAAGAGGACAACAAUAAUAAAGAAGACAAGAGAAAGGCGAUUGUUGUGAAUCCCAUUGAGAUUUAAGUGCACUAAAUAUAGGUUCUUUUUAAUAUUACAUAUUAAGGCAUAUUGAGAUGUGCGUGAAUUCUAGUUUGGAUAAGUACUUGACUUUUGAGUUCAUUUUUAAAUUAGCUACCAUAUUUAUUUAUUAUACCGUCUUGUAUAUGCCACAUCACUUUGUGAUGUCAUAUCGCUAGACGUUUGUUACACAAGUGUAUUCGACCAAAAAAGAAUAUUUUAAAUUCUUGUAAAAAUUAGGUUUGUACAAUUCUGCAAUUAGGCCUCUCGACUACUUGUAUCUUUGCAUCAAAAGUCAAAUAAUAAUGUAACAUUCAUACA